CUUAUCGAUCAGUUGCUGCUACACCGACGUCGUUACCGCACAGUUUUUCGAAAUGUUUGCCCACAUAGCGGACUUUCUGAGCCGAUCCCCGCCGGAUCCUGUGCGACUGCCGCUCACCGGCAGCCACUGGCCCGUCCUGAUAAUACUGACCACCUAUAUGGUGUUAAUAAAAAUAGUGGGCCCUUUGUUCAUGCGGAACCGAAAACCCUACGAUCUGAUUGGAGUAAUAAAGGCCUAUAACAUUAUGCAAAUCAUAUACAACACGGUCUUCCUGGUCUUUUCCGUCUACUUUAUGCUCGGGCCUGGAAACUUCAACUUUAAGUGCAUCACCAACCUGCCGCUGGAUCACGAGUACAAAAACUGGGAGCGAUGGCUUUGCUACUCAUAUUUCUUCAACAAAAUGUUGGAUCUUGUGGAGACUGGCUUCUUUGUCCUGCGAAAGAAGUACCGACAGAUAUCAUUUCUGCACGUCUUCCAUCACGUCUACAUGGUGUACAUUUGCUUUCUGUACUUGUACUACUUUGGCUAUGGUGGCAACGGUCUGUUCUUGGUCACCUUAAACGUAGUGGUGCACAUCAUGAUGUACACCUACUACUACCAGUCGUCUCUGAGCCAGAAUUCACAGGGAGACCUGUGGUGGAAAAAGUACAUCACCAUUGUCCAGCUGGCCCAGUUCGGAAUCAUUCUGUGUCACAGCCUUUAUGUCCUCCGGCAAGCUGACUGCCCCGCAUCCUACUUGUCAGCCACGUGGGGAUCGCUUAUAUCAGUUGUAUUUAUAAUUCUAUUCGGCAACUUCUACGUUCGGGCCUACAUCCUUCCGAGGAAGAAGGUGCCGCGAAGGGCGCACUGAAUAAAACCAAGAUCCUAGUUCA